AUACCCAGCCAUGAAAUGUCAAACCAUAAACUAAAAUCCUCCCAAAAGGACAAGGUACGGCAGUUCAUGUCCUUUACUCAAGCCGGGGAGAAGACCGCCGUAUACUGCCUCACUCAAAAUGACUGGAAACUAGAGGUGGCUACUGACAACUACUUUCAGAACCCAGAUUUGUACCACAAGGAAUCCAUGAAAAGCUCAGUGGACCGGAAAAAGCUGGAGCAGCUUUACAAUCGAUAUAAAGAUCCCCAGGAUGAAAAUAAGAUUGGGAUUGAUGGAAUUCAACAGUUCUGUGACGACCUCAAUCUGGAUCCAGCCAGCAUCAGUGUUCUGGUUGUGGCAUGGAAAUUCCGUGCAGCAACACAGUGUGAAUUCAGCAAGAAAGAGUUCAUUGAUGGCAUGACAGAGCUGGGGUGUGACAGUCCGGAGAAACUUCGAGCUCUUCUACCCAGAUUAGAACAGGAUCUGAAAGAUAGCGGAAAGUUCAAAGAUUUCUACCAGUUCACCUUCAACUUUGCCAAGAAUCCCGGACAAAAAGGUUUAGAUUUAGAGAUGGCGGUAGCAUAUUGGAACCUGGUUCUGGCUGGACGUUUUAAGUUCCUAGACCUCUGGAACAGAUUUUUAUUGGAGCAUCAUAAGCGAUCAAUUCCCAAAGACACAUGGAACCUGCUUCUGGAUUUUGGCAACAUGAUUGCAGAUGACAUGUCAAACUAUGAUGAAGAAGGAGCAUGGCCUGUUCUCAUCGACGACUUUGUGGAAUACGCUCGGCCAAUUGUGACGGGAUCAAAACGCAAAACUGUAUAGUACCGCUGCCGCUGGGCGAGAACUCACGCCUCGGACGUCUAUCCUUGGACAACAAGAGGCUUUGCUUUCAAGAAGCUUUCACUAUGAAACAUUCUCCCAUCAGUGUCACAAAUUCAACAUGCUUAUGAAUCAAACUGAUUAGUACGUCUCAUAAAUCACUGAAGUAACCCGAAAGCCUAAGAUGGAGUUGUGAUUUUUAGGUUUGUCACAAGGCUUCUAGCUAAAUUUCGGCAUGAUGUAAUGCUCAUCUUUUUUCAGAAGUGGUUUCCUUCUCGUCGAAGAGUGCCAAAUCUGCAGUGCUGAGAAUAUUGAUGUCAGCCAAAGUCUCUGCAUCGCGGCCUCUUGGUCACCCAUAUGACAUCUUUCCUCUUUUAAUGUUGCCUAGUUGGGCUCUGGAUUGUGCCCAGUGUUUCCUUCAUCCAUUCUGUUCAAAUAAACAUAAUAUGUAUAGGAAGAUUUAAAGCUUUGCCAAUAAUAUUAUAUCCUUUUGUAGGUUUUUUAAUCCACAUCACAGGCUGAUCUUUUAUUUUAGUGGAUAUAAGCAGUAAAAACAUGAUUAUAUCAAAUUAGUGUAUUUAAAAGAGUAUGAUUAUGACUUUUCUCUGAGGAAAGUAAGAUUUUAGACUGUGAUUCUGCCUGAAAUUCUUAAUAUUUGUGAUUCGCAGAAGAAAGGAAGUAGCAGGAACAACAUGAGGGUGAGUAAACGAUGACAGAAUUUUUAUUUUGGGUAAACUAUUCCUUCAAUGGCGGUAAAAAAAAGGAACUUGCGAUGCAAUUUCACUGUGUACCACAAGAGAGCGGUAAA